AUGAUACCAUAUCAUAUUAUUAUGAUCGCUCUUAUGGCUCUGUCGACGUUUUACUUCAUAUUUAUGUUGGGCAACAAAUACUCCAGCUGGAACUACAUAGCACAAACAUCGUUUCCAAUUGGUUUGCAAACCUAUAAGGACCUACUUGACGGAAUAGAAGUGAAUUGUAAGGGAAUACUUCGUGAUGACGAGAAUGCAACUUUGCAAGCCAAAAAUUGGACCUUCGAUACAUAUCCUAUAGAAGAACGUCUGUUUUUUGCACAAGACAGGAUUUGGUAUAACAACAAAUGGACUACUACCAUGCAAGCUCUUGCAAAAGUCGAGAAAGUUGGGGAGAGCUAUGCUCAAGGAGGACACACCUCAGCGAAGAUGCGAGCAAUCACGAAAUGUCGCGCUAUUGAUGAUCUUUUCGGAUUCAAUACGAAAACCACUAGUCAGGAGGAGCUGGAUUUCCCUCUUGCUUAUGGAGCAGUAGUGUACACGAAUCUUGUCCAACAGCUAUCCGGUGUCGAUGUCCCUCUGAAAACAAACCUUGAAAUGGUGAAGAUACUGAAGGCCUUGAAUAAUACGGUGAAUGCAGAAAUUUCUAAAUUUCAAAAGGAUCGCCUGACAGAGAAGAAAAUCGAAGACUCACCAUUACCACUGUUCAAAUCCUCAUUGAGCGCUAUAGUUCCUCGAAAAGCUAUCGAUAGAAUAAUAAAGACAAAAAAAGGACACGAACUACUGCAUUUUCUCAAUGGAACUGAAAUCCCCGACGAGUCCUUCUGGACAACAAUUACCGGUAACGCCCAAAAUUUUACCGUUCCCGGAGGCGCAAAUGCUGCACAGUGGAUGAAAUUUCGCGAUGAAUAUCGAAAAAAUCAUGAGGAAGUUGUAGUUGAAUACGAAAAAUCAGCAGUGAAAGAAGCCUUAAUGAAUUAUUACCUAGCCAGGCAUCAAAUCUGGGACAGCCCUUGUGGAGGCGAAUUUGUACAAGGUUCGUGUGUUUAUGGUGUGAGUGAUGUAAGCAACGUUCUGAAGCAACCUCAUCUAAUUGCACACAAGAUGUAUCUUCAUUUCCAACCAGCCGCGUUCUUCUGUGUCUUGAAGGAACUUCGAAAUAGGGAGAGAAAGCCAAUUGCAUUAAAUUUGACACAAUACGCAAAAUUACCCCAAGUGGAACUCAGUGCUGGAGUUCCACAUGAAAAUAUAACGCACCCUCUCUGGAUGUUUGGUGGAUAA